UUAAUCACUUUUUCCAGAAAAAAAUCCACUAAUCCAUUCAUCUCCUUCAACAAUGCAUCUUCAAAUCUUGCUUAUACUUCUAUUACCUACAUUGAUUCUCUCAAUAAACCAAGAAUCCCUUUAUUUACACACCAUAAAGCUUGGAUUUGAUGACCCAAAUGGUGUUUUUUCAAACUGGAAUCUCCAUGAUAACUCCUCACCCUGUAACUGGUUUGGAGUAAAAUGCGACUCUUUAACUCGUUCUGUUACAUCUAUUGACCUCUCCAACACCAAUAUCGCCGGCCCAUUUCCGGCUUCUCUUCUUUGCCGGCUCAAGUAUAUCAAGUACAUUUCAUUCUACAAUAACUCCAUUAACUCGACACUUCCGGUGGAGGAGUUAUCCGCUUGUAAAUCUCUUGUCCAUCUAGAUUUAGCUCAAAAUUUGUUAGUGGGUAGUCUUCCAUCGAGUUUGGCGGAGCUUCCUGAGCUGAAAUACCUUGAUUUGACCGGAAAUAACUUUACCGGCGAAAUUCCGGCGAGUUUUGGGGCUUUCCGGCAACUUGAAGUUCUGGGUCUGGUUGAAAAUUUGUUAACUGGGACUAUCCCGCUGGAGAUUGGAAACAUUUCGAGUUUGAAGCAGCUGAAUUUGUCGUACAACCCGUUUUCUCCGGGUCGGAUCCCGCCGGAGAUUGGGAACCUCACGAAUCUCGAGGUGCUAUGGUUAACUGACUGUGGGUUAAUCGGUGAGGUUCCGGGUACAUUAAGGGGAUUAAAUAAGCUUGUUAACUUGGACCUUGCGUUAAACAACUUGUACGGUCCGAUUCCGAGCUGGCUCACUGAGUUAACUAGUGUUGAGCAAAUUGAGCUGUACAAUAACUCGUUCUCUGGCGAGUUUCCUGUGAAUGGGUGGUCGAAUAUGACCUCGUUGAGGCGGGUCGACCUGUCGAUGAAUCGGGUUACCGGGUCGAUCCCGAGCGGGUUGUGUGAGUUGUCACUUGAGUCGCUCAAUCUUUAUGAGAAUCAAUUGUAUGGUGAGUUACCUAUAACCAUUGCAAAUUCACCCAAUUUAUAUGAAUUAAAGCUCUUUGGUAAUAGUUUAAACGGAACUUUACCUAAAGAUCUUGGUAAAUUUUCGCCAUUGGUAUGGAUUGAUGUUUCAAACAAUGAGUUUUCGGGUGAAAUUCCGGUGAAUUUGUGCAGAAAUGGGGUUUUAGAGGAGGUUUUGAUGAUAGAUAACUCGUUUUCCGGUGGAAUUCCGGUGAGUUUAAGCCAAUGCCAGAGCUUAUUACGUGUGAGAUUAGCUCAUAAUAAGUUCUCAGGUGAUGUCCCUGUGGAAUUUUGGGGGCUGCCACGCCUUUCGCUGCUUGAGUUAACGGACAAUUCAUUUUCUGGUGGAAUCGCGAAAACUAUAGCUGGUGCAUCGAAUUUAUCAGCUUUGAUUUUGUCAAAGAACGAAUUUUCGGGUAAUAUUCCUGAAGAGAUUGGCUUUUUGGAAAGUUUGGUUGAUUUUGUGGGAAAUGACAACAAGUUUUCAGGGUCGUUACCGGUUAGUAUAGUGAAUCUUGAGCAAUUGGGAAGAAUGGAUUUUCACAACAAUGAAUUAAGUGGUAAGUUUCCUAGUGGGGUUCAUUCUUUGAAGAAAUUGAAUGAAUUGAACUUGGCAAACAAUGAUCUUUCUGGAGAAAUUCCCUGGGAAAUCGGGAGCUUGUCUGUUUUGAACUAUCUUGACCUAUCAGGAAACAAGUUUUCGGGGGAAAUUCCAGUUGCAUUGCAGAAUUUGAAGCUCAAUCAGCUGAAUUUAUCGAAUAAUGGCCUUUCGGGUGGUAUUCCUCCUUCAUAUGCAAAGGGAAUGUACAAGAAUAGCUUUCUGGGGAAUCCAGGUUUAUGUGGAGAUAUUGGAGGUUUAUGUGAUGGAAAAGAUGAAGGUAAAACUGCUGGUUAUGUAUGGUUACUGAGAUUGCUUUUCGUACUUGCUGUUUUGGUGUUUGUAGUUGGGGUAGUUUCGUUCUAUUGGAAGUAUAGGAAUUACAAGAAAGCAAAAAGGUUGGAUAGAUCGAAAUGGACCUUGACGUCGUUUCAUAAGUUAGGUUUCGAUGAGUAUGAAGUACUGGAAGCUCUAGAUGAAGACAACUUGAUUGGUAGUGGUUCUUCCGGGAAGGUUUACAAGGUCGUUUUGAGUAAUGGUGAGGCUGCUGCUGUGAAAAAACUUUCAAGAAGUUUGAAAAAAACAGAUGAGAGUUGUGACAUUGAGAAAGGUAACUAUCAGGAUGAUGGAUUUGAAGCGGAGGUUGAGACAUUGGGCAAGAUUCGACACAAGAACAUUGUUAGGCUAUGGUGUUGUUGUACAACAAGGGGUUGCAAACUUUUGGUUUACGAGUACAUGCCUAAUGGAAGCUUGGGCGAUUUGCUACACAGCAGCAAAAGUGGGUUGUUGGAUUGGCCUAAGAGAUUUAAGAUAGCUAUGGAUGCUGCAGAGGGACUCUCAUAUUUGCAUCAUGAUUGUGCUCCUCCGAUUGUUCACAGAGACUUGAAGUCGAACAAUAUCUUGUUGGACAGAGAGUUUGGAGCUCGAGUUGCUGAUUUUGGUGUGGCAAAGGCGAUUGAUGUCGAUGACAAGGGAACCACGUCUAUGUCAGUCAUUGCAGGGUCUUGCGGUUAUAUUGCUCCAGAAUAUGCUUACACACGUCAGGUGAACGAGAAGAGUGAUAUAUACAGUUUUGGCGUGGUAAUCCUCGAGCUAGUGACAGGGAAACUCCCUGUAGGUCCUGAAUACGGGGAAAAGGAUUUGGUGAAGUGGGUUUGCGCUACUCUAGACCAGAAGGGUAUAGAUCAUGUUAUUGACCCGAAACUCGACUCUUGUUUCAAGGAGGAAAUAAGCAAAGUCCUAAAAAUUGGCCUCCUCUGCACUAGCCCCCUCCCAAUUAACCGACCCUCGAUGAGAAAAGUCGUAAAAAUGCUGCAGGAAGUUGGUGGCGGAGACCAGCUCAAGACAGCGUUAACAGAUGGCAAGUUGACCCCUUAUUACCACGAAGACGCAUCAGAUCAAGGAAAUGUAGCUUAAAGAUAGUCAACAUAUCUUUGC